AUGAACACCGACAAUAUCGAUAAGGCAACUAUUUACAACUUUGGCGGAAGAGGUCGAGGCUCAAAGACAAGACGUGGUGUUCGAGAAGGACGCACUAAACAGGAGAAGAAGAAGCAACAAGAACAGCAAAACAAGGAUCAGCAGCAGCAACAAGAUGGCAAGGCCAAUGAGGGAGAACAACAACCAAAGGAUCAACAAUCAUCAUCAGGAACAUACCUAUGUCACCUACAAUUUAUCAACCGUUAUGUACCUUUCCAUCCCUUUGACUCAUUACUCCAUGGUACUUGA